AUGACGGGCAAUGUUAGCCCAGCCGAUCGGGAGAAGGCGAAAGCAGAUGAUGACGCUGGUCACAAGCUGAUGACACAUGGCGAUUACACUGUGGGAUGGGUCUGCGCAUUGCCCAAGGAGCAAACCGCCGCGACGGCCAUGCUGGAUGAAACACAUCCUGACUUACCAAAGCCACUAAAUGACUCGAAUACGUACACUCUGGGACGCAUCGGAAAGCAUUCCGUUGUGAUAGCCUGUCUUCCCAAAGGCCAGGUUGGCACAAAUUCGGCAGCAACCGUUGCCACACAAAUGAUAAGAACCUUUCCUUCUAUUAGGAUCGGUCUGAUGGUCGGCAUAGGAGGUGGCAUUCCAUCCAAAGUCAGGCUUGGCGAUGUCGUGGUCGGCACACCUUCAGGCCAGUUUUCUGGCGUCGUUCAAUGGGACUUCGGAAAGGCUCGUGAAGGCGGCAAGUUCGAGAGGACAGGUUCACUGAACUCUACACCCGCUUCACUUGGGACAGCUUUGGCCAAGUUGGAAACAAAACAUGAUUUGGAAGGGACCAAAGUACCAGAUUACGUGGAUGAAGUCAAACGGAAAUGGCCGGAUUACGCUUCAAAGUACCUCCGUUCUGACACUUUGAUAGAUCCGUUGGACAGGAUAAAUCGCUCACACGAUACUUGCACAAGAUGGCUAGCCAUGUUGUUUUCAAUGAUCUGGGCUAGUUUGUUGGCUAUUAUUCGAUUUCUUUCUGGCUCACAGACGUUUUCUGUCAUGAAUGAUGCAACCGAGCAAGUGGAAAACUUGCCGCCUCCUGCUAGUGACAGAGAACAAAGGAGACCUGGGGAGGUACGAGUGCAUCAUGGUCUUAUUGCGUCCGGCAAUCAAGUAAUCAAAGACGCUGUCUUACGCGAUAAACUCGACAAGGAUCUUGGCGGGCAUGUUUAUUGUGUCGAAAUGGAAGCGGCUGGGCUGAUGAACAAUUUUCCGUGCGUUGUCAUUCGAGGCAUUUGUGACUACGCGGAUGCCCAAAAGAAUAAAACUUGGCAGGAAUAUGCUGCACUGGUUGCUGCGGCCUUUGCCAAGGAACUUCUGGUGAACGUACAAACAAGCGAAGUUCAUGGAGAACGAACAGUGAAGGACAUUCUCGAGCCUGCUCUAAAAGUCCUUGAUGAAGUAAGACACGAAGUUAUCAGCACGAGAGAAAAGAUUCAAAAGAACGAAGAGCUUGAAAUUCUCAAAUGGCUCACUCCAAUCGACUAUAAGCCUCAGCAUGGUGACAUUCUCCAGAAAAGACAUCCAGGAACUGGCCAAUGGUUUUUAAAAUCUAUCAGAUACAAGGAUUGGAUAGAGAAGGAGAAGGACAUAUUAUAUUGCCCCGGAAUACCAGGCGCGGGGAAGACAAUCCUCACAGCUACCACCAUUGAGGAUCUUACUUUGCGGUAUCAGGACAACCAAAAUAUUGGCAUUGCAUUCAUUUAUUGCAACUUCCGUCGCACUCAUGAACAGAAGGCAGAAGACUUGCUCGCAAGCCUCCUCAAGCAACUAUGCCAACAACGGCCGUCUCUCCCGGACAUUGUUAGAUUGCUCCAAGCCGAUACACUGAAAGCCAAUAGAACAAGGCCGACGUUGAAUGAGCUUGCAGAAACUCUUCAUUUAGUCGUCUCCAUGUAUUCUCGAGUCUUCAUUUUAAUCGAUGCACUCGAUGAAUGUCAAGUAAAAGAUGGCUGUCGCACCACAUUUCUCAACGAGAUUUCAAAACUCCAAUCAACGACUAGAACAAAUAUAUUUGCAACCUCAAGACCAAACCCAGAAGUCGAACUUAACUUCAACGGGUGUGAUUGGUGCAGGAUCAGUGCGAGUGAAGCUGACAUCCGUGCCUAUCUGAGCGAAAACAUGUGGCAAAUGUUAGGAUUUGUCCAGAAAAGACCAGAUCUGAAGGAUGCUAUUGAAGACAAUAUCGCAAUAGCAGCGCAAGGAAUGUUCCUUUUAGCCCGACUGUAUUUUGACUCACUCAAGGACAAAACAUCAGCCACGAUAAUCAAAACAUCGCUAAGAAGGCUUCGAGAAAAAAGCCAAGCGAAAGUAAAUACUGAUGAAAGACUCGAUCUAUUGGCUCAGGCAUAUGAUGAAGCUAUGGACAGAAUCCGUAUGCAGCCACCUGGCUUUCAACAGCUCGCAACAAAAGUUUUGACUUGGAUCAUCUUUGCAAGGCGGCAGCUUACCAUUUUGGAGCUUCAACAUGCCCUUGCCGUAUCUGUCGGAGAUGAAGAAUUAGACGAAGACAACAUGAGAGAUAUCAAAGAUAUUGUUUCCGUCUGCCUUGGAUUGGUAACUGUUGACGAACAAAGCGGUAUUGUUCGUUUGGUUCAUUACACUACGCAAGAAUAUUUCGAGCAAACCAAAACACGGUUGUUUCCGAAUGCAGAGAUCGAACUCGCGACUAUAUGCGUGACUUAUAUCUCAUUCCGUACUUUUGAAGCUGGUCUCUGUGAAACAAAAGCAGAACUUCGGGAUCGGUUGCUAUCAAAUCCAGUCUACAACUAUGCCGCAGAAAACUGGGACCAUCAUGCUCGAUUCGCCGCGACAUCAAUCCCGGGAAUUAAACAAUUUCUAAGCAACAAUGCUCUUUUAAAUGCCUCCAGUCAGGCAUUACUUCAUGACAGAUGGUUGAGUGACUCGCUCUUUGAUGAUACAGCUUUUACGGAUUGGAGUUCCAGUCAAGACUUGACGAUAGGAACAACCUUAAUCCACCUUGCAGCAUACUUCGGACUUAGACCAGAGGUGGCUAGCAUGCUUGAACAGAAGGCGGAGGUCGAUUCCUUGGACGUUCAUGAUCGCACACCACUUAUGAUUGCCUCUCAGAAUGGACGCGAGGCUGUUGUGAAACUUCUCCUUGACAAAGGCGCGAAAGCUGACAGGCGGGACAAGUACCAUGGGACUGCACUCGGCUAUGCCGUUGAGCGUGGGAAUGAGGAUACUGUGAAGUUGCUAUUAUCGCACGGCGUUGAUGCUGAUUCGGGCCCUCUUGAUCCCUUUGUAAGUAUAAAUGAAGAAAUAAUAUCCCUAUACCUCGCUGCCAAACACGGACACAUAGCUAUUGCGAAGCUACUUAUAGACAAAGGGGCCGAUCUUGAGCGCAGCAACUUCCUUUUUGAUACCACACCAUUAUGUGUUGCUGCUAGGGGAAACCAAGAGUCCAUGGUCGAAAUGCUUCUAAUCAGAGGUGCCAAAUUCGAGACCAAGUCAAUCAAUGGCCAAACGCUAUUAUCUUGGGCUGCUUGUCAUGGUUACGAGGGCAUCUUCAAGCUGCUUCUGGAAAAGGGCAUCAAUGUCGAGUCUAGGGACGAUAAUGGUGGGACAGCGUUAACCCGCGCUGCAGGGGAAGGGCAGUUGAUCCUCACUAAACAUCUCUUAGCGAUCGCCAAUAUCAAUGUUGACUUGGAGGAUAAUUCGGGGCGCACGCCACUAUCCUGGGCCGCUGCUGGUGGUCAUGUGGCUAUCACCAAACUUCUAUUAAAUAAUGGCGCCAAUGUUGAAUCCAAGAGUAACAAUUGCCGGACACCGUUAUCAUUUGCCGCCGAAAAUGGGCACCAGGACACAGUUGAGUUGCUGCUGGAGAUAGGCCAAGCAAAUGCCAAUUCUCGAGACAUCUUUCGCCGAACCCCACUGCAUUGGGCUUCGAGGAAUGGGCACGACAAAGUUAUUAUAGAUAUGUUAUACAGCUUAUCGAUCAAUUAA